AUGGCAGGAGACGAUCUCCCUCAACCUUACGACGCCAAGGCUCUGGCGCCUGCGAAGAAGCGACAGCGAAGUGUAUCACCCUCGGGCUCUGAACAACCGCGCAAACUCAAGCGACCUGGCCAACGGUCGCGCAUAAAUGAAGCCCAGCGCGAGGAGCUCCGCCAACGUGCCAUUGAGCGUGAGCGCGAGCAGCAUGCCGCCGCGUCUCAGGCCGAGACGCAGCGCGCCGCCAUCAACGAUGUAGUCCGCGCCCACUACAACGCCGUUCCCGAACGCGGUCGCGACUGGCGCAAGACCGACAGCCGCAUCAAGGGCCUGCGCUCGUUCAACAACUGGAUCAAGAGCUGCAUCAUACAAAAGUUCGCACCCGACGAGGAUCACACGCCUGGCGCAUUUGAGAGAGGCAUCUCGAGUGGCCGAGAACUGCUCAUCCUGGACAUUGGAUGCGGAAAGGGAGGCGAUCUGGGCAAAUGGCAGCAGGCGCCGCAGACGGUGGAACUCUACGUGGGCCUGGACCCGGCAGAUAUCUCAAUUGAUCAGGCAAAAGAGAGAUACAGAGGCAUGUCGCAGCGGGACCGGCACGGCGGCAGGGGCGGUCGCGGAGGGAACUACCGACGCCCUCAGCCACGGUUGUUCGAGGCAAGAUUCCACGUCAAGGACUGCUUCUCCGAAACGAUUGAAGACGUCGACAUCGUACGGCAGGUGGGCUACACACAGUCCAAUAUCAGCAGCGAGCGGGGAUUUGAUGUUGUCUCCAUGAUGUUCUGCAUGCACUACGCAUUUGAGAGUGAGGCAAAAGCACGACAGAUGCUGAGAAACGUGGCCGGCUCAUUGAAGAAGGGUGGUCGUUUGAUUGGAACCAUUCCAAACUCCGACGUCAUCGGGGAGAAGGUCAAGGAGUUCAAUGAGAAGCAAAAGGCCAAGGCCGAACAAGCCGAAGCGGGCGGCGAGGAGGCCAAGACUGGCGAGGAUGCAGAGGAGCUUGAGGAGGGUGAGGAGAAGGAAGAAGGAGAGGCCGAGCCGACUGCUGAAUGGGGCAACGAUAUUUAUCGGGUUAGGUUUCCGGGUAAGACCCCAGAAGACGGUAUCUUUCGUCCUCCUUUCGGCUGGAAGUACAGCUUCUUCCUGCACGAGGCCGUCGAGGAGGUACCCGAGUACGUCGUCCCAUGGGAAGCUUUCCGAGCUCUGGCAGAGGACUACAAUCUUGAGUUGCAAUACCACAAGAGUUUCUCCGACAUAUGGAAGACGGAGAAGGAUGACCCGACCUUGGGGCCCUUGAGCGAGCGCAUGGGUGUACGACAGAGACACGGCGGCGAGCUUCUGGUCACGCCAGAGGAGAUGGAGGCUGCAUCAUUCUAUGUGGGAUUCUGCUUCUACAAGGUGUAG